AGGGUAAUUAUGGACCAAAAAGGUGGAUGGAGGGAUAUUUUUAACCCAAUAGGUGAAUGAGAGGUAUUUUUAAACCUUUUCGAAUAAUUCGGGGGUAUUUUUGACCCUUUUCCGUAUAAAACUAGUACCCAGUAUGGCAUGUACCUAACACACAAACUUAAGUUUGCAGCCAAACUUUACAGUACUAUAAUUUGGUAUCAAUACUAUUUCUAUACAAUCUUAUCUCAUUACUCCUAUCUCGAAUAUUUAAACCUUUUAUUUUCCCCAAUAUUUAAAUUUAAUGCCUUAUGAUUUUUCUUCCGCAUAAUAUAUAAAUGUGUCUUUUAUGUCUUCCAAUUUUGAAUAUGUACAAGUAGACACUUAAAUUUAUAUAUAAUUAAAUAAGUUCAUACAUUAGUGUUACAUGACAUAAUACACGUAAAAUACUACAUAAGACUCAAAUUAUCAUGUAGGAUAUCACAAAACAUGUGUCACAUCUAUUAGUUCAAUUUUAAACAAGUUUAAAUACCAGACAUAUUUAUAUAUUAGUAUGUCAUUUGGAUGGAUUUAAAAACUUGCACUCAAAAAGAGAUUGGGCAGAGCAAUUUCUAUAUAGUCACUCUUUGGAAAGAGCCAAAAAGAAGAAAAAGAAAGUGCAGGGAGCUUCUUUAAUUUUUUUUCUUGAUCUUCAUCUUCAUCUUCAUCUUCAUCUUCUUCUUAAUUCAUAGCAAAACAGUAUGUUAGAAGGCAAAGCACUGAUUGAAGACACAGACAUGCCAGUAAAGAUGCAGAUCCAAGCUAUGUCAUAUGCUUCUCAAGCUCUUGAUCUUUAUGAUGUUUUAGACUGCAAAUCUAUUGCUGCUCACAUCAAGAAGGAAUUUGACAAGAAGUAUGGAGGUGGAUGGCAAUGUGUGGUGGGAUCAAACUUUGGGUGUUUCUUUACUCAUACUAAAGGAACAUUUAUCUUUUUCACUUUAGAGACUCUAAACUUCCUAAUCUUCAAAGGAGCCUCUUCUCCUCAUGGGACAAUAGAACAACAUUCUCAAGUCCGAACAAUUGUUCAGGAACCUCUGAUGGUUCGAGCAGCGCUUGAGGAAGCGAAAGAAAUGUGCAAGGCAAAGUUGUUGCAUUUCAAAGGAAAAUCUGAAGAUGGAACAGGACAGGAAACAAAAAUUGUUACUAUUGAGACCAGUAAUAGCAGUGAUUCAGGGGAUGAAUCGAAAAGUGAAGAUCAGCCUGUUGAUUCUCAAAAGACUGGCUGUGUGCUUAGUCGCAGCGAGUCUAUUAAGUUGCGUUUGGCCAAUGAGACCCCUGUUGUCUCUAGCCCACGCCCGAAACAGUGCCCACCUUCAGAACAAUUACGCCUCAAUUUCAUACUAGUUAACAAAGGGAGUUUAGAUUUCUAUUUCCCCUCUCUUUGCAUUCAAAUGAUUGUGAUAUUUUUCUAUAUAGAUAUGGAGCUGAUGAAGGAAAAAUUUGCAAAGUUGUUGCUUGGCGAGGAUAUGUCUGGUGGAGGAAAGGGUGUGUCUUCUGCAUUGGCAUUGUCAAACGCGAUAACAAACCUAGCAGCUUCUGCUUUUGGGGAACAGAAGAGAUUAGAGCCAAUGCCAGCAGAUAGAAAAGCCAAAUGGAGAAGAGAAAUCGAUUGGUUGUUAUCUGUAACAGAUCAUGUUGUUGAAUUCGUUCCUUCUAAACAAAUAUCAAAAGACGGAACAUGCAUGGAGGUUAUGGUGACAAAGCAGAGAAAUGAUCUUCAAAUGAACGUUCCAGCAUUACGCAAGCUAGAUGCUAUGCUUCUCGACUGCUUAGAUAGCUUUAAAGACCAAAAUGAGUUCUCGUAUGUAUCAAAGGAUGACGAAUCACAGGAAGGGAGGAACGAUGACAAAUGGUGGAUACCGACUCCUAAGGUUCCGACUAAUGGCUUGUCUGAUGUUACAAGGAAAUGGCUGCAAUUUCAAAAGGAUUCAGUAAACCAAGUUCUGAAAGCAGCAAUGGCCAUAAAUGCUCAAAUCUUGUUAGAAAUGGAAAUCCCUGAAAGUUAUAUAGAUUCCCUACCUAAGAAUGGGAGAGCAAGUCUUGGAGAUACGAUCUAUAGGAGUAUCACUGACGAAUACUUUGAUCCUGACUACUUCCUCACAACUAUGGACUUGACUUCAGAACAUAAAAUUUUAGACCUCAAGAACAAACUUGAGGCUUCUGUUAUUAUUUGGAGACGAAAGAUGACGUCUAAAGAUGGGAAGUCAGCAUGGGGUUCUGCCGUUAGUGUAGAGAAGAGAGAAAUCUUUGAAGACAGAGCAGAGACUAUCUUGCUUAUUCUUAAGCAGCGAUUCCCUGGAAUUCCUCAGUCAUCUCUAGACAUUAGCAAAAUCCAAUACAAUGAGGACGUGGGGCAAGCUGUUUUAGAAAGCUAUUCAAGAAUAAUAGAGAGCAGGGCACACACAGUGAUGUCACGGAUUGAAGAUGUUCUCCAAGUAGAUGCUACGGCCCAAAAUCCUUCCUGUGCUGAAAUGAAGAAGUCUCCUUUAAGAGAUUCACUACGGGUAUCACCAUCAGGCAGCUUCCCAAAUGCUAGGGAAGAAGUAGAAAAGCUUAACGCUGCAGAGAAUCCAACGUCAAUGACAUUGUUGGAUUUCAUGGGUUGGACAGUGGAACAAGGAGAUAAUGACACAAAGAAAGAUGUGAAGGAGGACAUAGACGCUGAUGCAAAGAAACCACCUAGUGUAGUUACAAACAAGAAACUUUCUUACUUAGAUAACUUAGUUGGUGCUAGAAGUCCAACUGCACGCCACUAAAUGAUGUCACUGCAGAACAUUGAUCAACUCAUCAGAGGCAAGACAGAUAAAUUCAUCAAAGUGACAAUCAGCGUCAAAUGUACAUACUAAGAUGAAUCACACAUACCUAGGAUUUCACUAAGUCAUUCCUAUUGUAAAUAGGGAAUAUAUAGUUAGUAUAGGACUGCUGGUGUGACACUUUUUGAAAUGAUUUACUCUGCAGAAGACGUCACCUCGUUGACAUAACCAUGGAAAUUAUGGACUUUAUUAUAGUCCAUUCUUACCUUGGAUAGCCUCUUCUAAAAGAGUUUUGUAAUCGGCAACUUGAAGUUUACAUGUCGAUAUAGUAUAAUCAUUUCGAUUUAAGGCAAUUCCCUUGCAAUUUAUAAGUAAUUUUUCCUUUCGAUU